UUUGCAGAUACACAUCCAGUACUAAAGAAUUAAAAAAUUAUUUAUUUUCCCCCCUUGUACAGUUCGUUCCACUCCUCUGUUUUCACCAUCGAAGAUCUGGGUCGUUACAUUUCACCCCAUCACCAUUUUCUGCAGAUGCUGCUUCCCACAUGAUGAACCACUGUGCCUCCCAUGGCAAUGGCUUGAAUCAUUUCGCCAUUGGUUGAUUAGAUUUACAUGAAAGUUUGAUUCUUUUCAUUCUUUCCCUCAAAACCCACCAACACAUUGCCACGUCGCUUUCUUUGGAUUGGUGGGUUUUUUCCUUCACGUUUUGUGGUUGCUUGAGGGGCUUGUUGUAGACUACGUAUUUUUUUUUUUUUGAAGAUGAAGAGAUUGAAAACUGAACCUCCCAGUUCGAGGAGGUUUAGGUUGUCUCAUUUUUUGUUUGGUGUUGGGGUGUUAUACUUGGUUUUUAUAUCGUGUAACUUUUCACAGUUUAUGAAAGUUGUGUCAUCGUUAAGUGGGGAUGAGACUUACAAUGGAAUUGGAUCGGAUAAGGUAGCAACUAUUGGGGAUGCUGAAGAUGCAGAUUUGAGCAAACCCUUUGUUAGUUCUGUUUAUAAAGAUGCAUUUCAUUGGAGGUUAGUGGAUGGUAGGGACCAGGAUGCUCCCUUGAGGCCAAAGGAGGAACCAAUGAAGGAGGAAGAUCAUGGCCCUGAAUCUAUGAAGCAGAUUUCGGAUGGAUAUGGUAGGAUUACCGGGGAAAUCUUGCGGCAACGGAACCGGACUGGUGAUUUGUCUGUGCUCGAGAGAAUGGCAGAUGAGGCUUGGACAUUGGGGUUGAAGGCUUGGAAAGAAUUGGAGCAGGCUGGUGAGAAGGAGGUUGGAGAAAGCUCUAUAAUUGAAGGAAGGACCGAGUCGUGUCCUUCUUGGAUAUCGAUGAGCAGGGCAGAUUUGUUGAAGGGGGAUGGCUUGAUGUUUAUUCCUUGUGGUCUUGCUGCUGGUUCCUCAAUCACUGUGGUGGGGACACCCCAUUAUGCUCACAAGGAGUAUGCUCCCAUGCUUGCAAGGUCAAGGAAAGGUGAUGGAUUGGCAUUGGUUUCGGUUUCACAGUUUGUGGUUGAAUUACAAGGGCUAAAGUCAGUGGAAGGGGAAGAUCCUCCUAAGAUUCUUCACUUGAAUCCUAGGUUAAGAGGGGAUUGGAGCAAACGGCCAGUUAUUGAGCAUAAUACCUGUUAUCGGAUGCACUGGGGAACAGCUCAAAGAUGUGAUGGUUUGCCAUCUGAGAAUGCUGAAGAAAUGCUUGUUGAUGGGUAUAGGCGAUGUGAAAAAUGGAUGCGGAAUGACAUUGUAGACUCAAAAGAAUCCAAGACAACAUCAUGGUUCAAGCGGUUUAUAGGACGUAAGCAGAAGCCAGAAGUGACCUGGCCAUUUCCUUUUGCAGAGGGUAGAAUGUUUGUCCUUACUUUACGUGCUGGUGUUGAUGGAUACCAUAUUAAUGUUGGGGGGCGCCAUAUGACUUCAUUUCCAUAUCGAACAGGCUUUACACUUGAAGAUGCAACAGGAUUGGUAGUCAAAGGGGACCUUGAUGUUCAUUCAGUUUUUGCUACUUCUCUCCCUACUUCACAUCCAAGUUUCUCUCCUCAAAGAGUACUGGAAAUGUCGGAGACCUGGAAAGCCAGUGCUCUACCUAAACAUGCUAUUAAACUUUUUAUUGGAGUUCUUUCUGCCUCAAAUCACUUUGCAGAACGUAUGGCAGUUCGUAAAACAUGGAUGCAAGCAGCUGCAGUCAAGUCUUCAGAUGUGGUAGUACGAUUCUUUGUUGCAUUGAAUCCAAGGAAGGAAGUAAAUGUGGUGCUGAGGAAGGAAGCUGCUUACUUUGGUGACAUUGUCAUUUUGCCCUUUAUGGACCGCUAUGAGCUUGUUGUGCUUAAAACCAUGGCUAUCUGUGAGUUUGGGAUUCAAAAUGUGACUGCUGCAUAUGUCUUGAAAUGUGAUGAUGACACUUUUAUCAGGGUUGAUACCGUCUUAAAAGAAAUUGAAGCUGUACCCGAGCAAAAGCCCCUUUAUAUGGGCAAUCUCAAUCUCUUGCAUCGGCCUCUAAGAAACGGAAAAUGGGCAGUUACUUUUGAGGAGUGGCCUGAAUCAGUAUAUCCUCCUUACGCAAAUGGCCCUGCAUACAUAAUUUCCAGAGACAUUGUUACUUUCAUCAUAUCUCAACACAAGGAGAGGAGACUGCGGCUCUUUAAAAUGGAGGAUGUAAGCAUGGGAAUGUGGGUUGAGAGAUUUAACAACACGGUGGCCGCCGUUCAGUACUCUCACAACUGGAAGUUUUGUCAGUAUGGAUGCAUGGAGGGCUACUUCACUGCACAUUAUCAAUCACCAAGGCAAAUGGUCUGUCUAUGGGACAAGUUGACAAGAGGUCGUGCAAGAUGUUGCAACUUCAGAUGAUUUGCCAUUGUAUCAUUGUCAUUCUUGUACCUACUUCACAUAGAUUAGUAUUGGAGAAAGUUACAAAAUGCAUUACACAUUCAAUAUGAAAGAAAUAGAAUUUAGCAUUGGCUGUUCAUCUGGUCUAGUUUGGUUUUGGAGGUGAAUUUACUGUCCAUGAAUUUUGCAUGCCAAACCAAAAUGUAUUUUACGAUCAAUGAAUUUUACUAAUCAAAUUAAACCGUGAGUCUUUAA